UCGUUUUGACAGAACCCCUCCUCUUCAUCUUCCCUCCGGCUCCUCCUCCUCUUCCUCCUCCUCCUCCUCCUCCUCUCAGUGUAGCCUCUGCUGCCUGCAGCCUCAAUCGUUCUCUCUUCGGGUUCUCCAGCAGGCGCCAUGGUUUCCCCGUACGACCCUCAGCUCUGCUACGUCCUGGACGGGAUCCUCGGCCUCUACGGAGUCAUCAUCACCGGCAUGUUCAUCCGGGAGCGGUUCUUCAGGCCCAAAGAGAAGGAGGAGAGCCUGUACACUGACCUGAGCGGCCAGGACGCUGGGGGCUACGCCCCACUGAUGAGAGACAAAGAGAGACCGCGGAACCGCCGGGUGGCUGACGACUCCACGUACACCGAUCUGACUCACCGGAACGACGGCGGAUACAAAGAGCUUCCCAUCAAAAAAGACCGUCAGAGGAAGAAUGAGCAGGUUUACCAGGGACUGAGUUCCGCCACCAGAGACACGUACGACGCGCUACAGAUGCAGCCGCUUCCUGCACGCUAACAUUUCACCCGGACCAGAAAGAAAGCUUCAGGCAUCCAGAGCCAUUUUAUUUUAUUGUUUUGGAGCGUGAAAUAUGCAGAAAGUCAAAAUGUUCAACCUCUCAAUUAAGAAUACAAGAAUUUAGAACAGCUUGAAAUAAUACAUAGUUAAUUAGUUGCUUGAUAUGUAGUUUAUUGUUAACAUUUUGACUAUUCUUUGACAUUCAAACACAUCAAACACAGUGUUUCUUUAUUAAUGAUUAGAUUUUACUCAAAUCAGGAAAUUUUCAGUUAAAUUGAUUUUUAUCUUUUAUCAAUUUAAGCUUGGAUUUUUUCUUGUCUAAGGGUUUUUGUAUUUUAACACCAAUAAUUAAAUAUCAAUACUUCGAUUACCCUAUAAGACAGUAAUGUGACAGUCUGCAGCUCAUCAACAAUCACAUACUUUAUUUCUGAUUACAAAAAAUACAUUAAUUUGCUUUGAUAAAUAUAUUUGGCUGGAUGAUGGUUUUUCAUCUGAACAUGAAGCUUUAAACUAGUAAUGUAAAACAUGAUUAAACCGCUUUCAGCUUCAGAACCUUAGCUGUUAUUAUAGUCUUCACUUUACUGUUACUUUAGAUUUCUACAUCCUCUUUACUUUUGUAUUUUAGAACUAUACUUAUGAAGGCAUAUCAUACUGAGAAUUGAAUUUUAUGUCAUGCUGAUUGUUAUUCCUGAGAAUUUAUGUGAUUUUUUUUUUUGUUUCUUGUCUUUUUUUUUUUACAUUUGUCACAUUUGCUGAGGUUGUGAGAAAGAAAUGUUGAAGUCAAAUAAAGUUUGUAUUUUUUGAGACUCACUA